AUGGACGCGAUGGAAGCCGUACUGAGAAAUUUCAAGCUGAUACCCUGCCCAACAGGGGACAGCUGCACCAAGGCGAACUGCCCGUGGCAGCAUCCACGGGACCAGAUUCCUGCCUCGGCCAGAGACGAUGGAGGUAGCCGGGACGAAGACGGGCCACGAAAACGUCGAAAGGUCUUCUCUGAGCCCGCGUCUACCCCAGUCCAGCUGUCCUCGACGAAACCAGAGCCGGCUUCAUCAAAGCGGCCGGUUUCGCCGCCGCCCUUGAAGCGCAAGGCGCCCCAACAUCCAAGUCAGCCAGCUCUCGUCUCAACACCAACCAAGCCAUCACCAAUCUCUACCGUGUCUUCCUCGACAGCAACCAAACCCGAACAGAAUGUCACGCUUCCGCAAGUCACACGUCAGCCCACCACGCCGCAAAAUGUCAUGCCCAGGAAGCCUGAAACGCUAAAUCCACGUCACCUGAAGACUGCAGCGCCCGCGGCCCAUGACUUUCGAUAUAAAGCUCUCAAACUUCUCCAUGACCAGUUCCAGCGACUCAACGAAGAACUGAAGAAGGACGCCAAGCAGGACGAGCAGAAGUUUGUUCUCUCAGCUCAGGAACUGAUAUGGCUAGCGCUGGACGAGGAGCAGAGAAUGGCGACCGAAAAACCCUCCAUCUAUCAGAACGUUAUCAAGCAUCGCAUUAUGACAUACAAACGCAUGACGCCAGGCCAGUGGAAGGACGAGCGUGUCGCCGAGUUCAGGAAGAAGGCGGCCCAGGCGACUCCGGGGUCCAGGACACCGAAAAAGCCGGUUCUGGGGCCUCCCAAGGUCAUCCAGACCGGUCUCACUCCCCAACAGGAAGUCAAGAUGCUGGAUUAUCUCCGCACCCCGAUCGAGAGCCUUUCUAAGUGGGGCUACGUUCCGGUUGCGCCGUCCGAAGAGGAGAUUACCAAGGCGCGCGAAGGACAAGAGGCUUCGCUGGGAUGGGAGGUAUGCGACCGAUGCACAACUCGCUUCCAAGUGUUCCCCGGCCGCCGCGAGGAGGAUGGCGCUCUCACCUCGGGGGGCAAGUGUGUCCAUCACCCCGGCCGGCUAUACUACCCGGAGCGGGUCCUCGGCGACACGGACAAGCCGACGAGGCGGUACCGGUGCUGCCAGCAGGUGGUGGGCGAGUCGCCGGGCUGUGUGAGCGGCAGCACGCACGUCUUCAAGACAACCUCGCCGGCGCGCCUGGCUGCCGUCAUCCCUUUCGCCGAGACGCCGCCGAACUCGCUGGUGCCCAAGGACCGUGCCGUCUGCUUCGACUGCGAGAUGGGCUACACGGUGCGCGGCCUCGAACUGAUUCGCCUGACGGCAACAAGCUGGCCUGACGGCAAGGAGCUGCUGGACGUGCUGGUAAAGCCGGUUGGCGAGAUACUGGAUCUCAACUCGCGAUUCUCUGGCGUGUGGCCAGAGGACAUCGUCAACGCCGAGCCGUGGUCGCCCGACAAACCCAAUACGACGACGCAAGACGAGACUGAAACGCAGGAAGACGGCUACCGCGCAACAACAGCAGCAGCAGCAGCAGGCGAUGAGACAGACGCAGCGCACGGGAGGAAGAAGAAAAAAAAGAUGCAGAUCGUCCCGUCCCCCGUCGUCGCCCGCGACUUGCUGUUCCAACUCAUCGCGCCUGAGACGCCGCUCAUCGGCCACGGGUUGGAAAACGACCUCAACGCGGUCCGCGUCAUCCACCCGACACUGGUCGACACCAUCCUGCUGUACCCGCACCGCAGGGGGCUGCCGAUGCGGUACGGUCUGAAGAUGCUCAUGGAGACGCAGCUGAACAGGGCGAUCCAGGUAGAGGAGGUGGACGGCAAAGCGACGGGGCAUGAUAGCGCCGAGGAUGCGCGUGCGGCGGGGGAGCUGGUGAGGUUGAAGGUGAUGGAGAAGUGGAGGGAUAUGAGGGCGCAGGGGUGGAGGGUGUUGGAGGAGGGUGAGUUUGUGCCGCCUGGUGGGACGGCGCAGACGCAGGCGCAGUCGUCUGGUGGUGGUGGGAAGGGCCCGAAGGGGGAAAGGAGGUUGAGUGAGGCUUUUCUUGAGGAGGAGGACGGUGAAUUGCCUAGUACCUGA